UCAUGUGCACCACGUAUGUGGCCAUUGUGCUCUGGCUCGUAUUCCUCGCCUUCCUUGUCAUUCCAACCCUGUGCUGGAUCAUGUUCAACUCGAUCUGCACCAUGGAACUGGCCCACGUGUGGCACGGACCGGGCGCGCGUCGACCCGGCCCAGACGGUCGAGUGGCCCCGUCACUCGAAGAGCUUCGGCUCCGGAACGAACUAUCUCCCGUGGACGAUACGUACACGGCCAGAUUGGCCUACUACUAUCCGGAACUGGUUCGCAGUAUGGGCUAUUUGCCCAUGGCCAAUGGGGGACGUGUGAUCGCGCCGGGCGAACCGCGGCCUCCGUUGCCUGGUUAUCCUCCGUUCGGUGCUCCGCCCGGGAGUCGGUACACCGGUCGGUUUUACGAUCCCGAAUUCAAUUAUGUGUUCAAUUUGACGAAUUACGGUAAGUCCCUGUUAGACUCUCUCAUCUGUAUCGCAUUUCCCCCAAAUCCGGGAACGUUCAGUUCAGUGUGUGCCACCAUUGACCAUGCACUUUCGGGCGCCGGCUUUGGUUACUGUCUUUUGGCGGCCUAUUCGGGCAAACGAUUGGAAUAA